AUGGCGUCAUACAAACUCUAUUAUUUCAAUGUUCGUGGCCGUGCUGAAGUUUCUCGUUUACUAUUCGCUGCUGCCGGUCAAAGAUUCGAAGAUAUCCGUAUAGAACAAAGUACAUGGCCAGCGUACAAAUCUCAAAUGCCCCUAGGUCAAAUGCCCGUUCUAGAAUUCAAUGGUACACAACUGGUUCAAUCAAUAACAAUUGCACGGUUUCUUGCUAGACAAUUUCGAUUAGGUGGCAAGGACGGCUUUGAAUUAGCUAAAGUUGAAGCUGUUGUUGAUACUGUCAGUGAUUUAGUAUCCGCCAUAACGCCAAUUCGACGUGAACAAGACGAAAGAAAAAAACAUGACAUGUUACAAAAAUUUCUAAGCGAACAGUUGUCAAAACAUUUGCAAGAUCUCGAAAUUUUGGGUCGAUUAUACGGUCAAGGUGGUCCAUACUUUGUUGGAAAUAGUUUAACAUUGGCAGAUUUAGCGUUCUAUGAUGCUGGACAAUCUCUUCUUGAAAUGGAUAGAACUGCUCUAAACAAUCAUCCGUGGUUGAAACAAAAUCGGUCGGAAGUUGAGCGACACCCAAGAAUUGCAGAAUAUCUCCGAAAUCGACCCAUAACAGCAUUUUGA